AUGGCUCCCAAGAGAAACGCCGCAGCUCCUGCUCCUUCCAUCGUCCCUCCUUCCACGGCCAAGCCUUCUCACGGACAGACGUCUGCUUCUUCUGCACCCACCAAGCCCAUCGCCGCAUCUGCAAAGCCCACAUCCACCAAGUCCACUGUUCGCAACUCGACAGAUGCUCAAGAGAUCGCUUUGGCCGUGUGGGAUCGCUAUGUUCAGGACACUCCCCAGCGCGUCAAGCUGAUUGACGUCUUCAUGACCUUCCUCAUCCUCGUCGGCGUUCUUCANCCCUUCAAUGCUUUCCUCUCCGGUUUCUCUGCCACCGUCGGCCAAUUCGUUCUUACCGCCAGCUUGAGAAUCCAGACCAACCCCGAAAACAAGGUCGACUUUGGCUCCAUAUCACACGAAAGAGCUUUCGCCGAUUAUGUCUUUGGCAGUCUGAUUCUGCAUUUCUUCUGCGUCAACUUCAUCAACUGA